CCGAAGCCAAUCAUCUACGAUUUUAUUCCGAAGCUUAAUCUGAGACUGAGUGGCUAUGGGCAAAUCAAUCGUUUGCGUUCUACUGUGCAUACUGGCGCUGACCGGUGUCACCAGUAGAUCUGUGCUUAAAGGUCUCUUCCCCGGCUAUAAUUAUCCGAGGCAGCAAAACUAUCCAUACAACUACAACAACGACUACAGACGACGGCCGCCAGCUCCAGUGCGAUCCUACAACGACAUCUGCCGCUUGGUCAACCUCAACGGAUUUACAAACCCAGGUGGAGUGCCAAAGUGUAUUAAAUAGGCUGCCCUACAUUUUAUAUUUCCUUGAGCGGAUUGUAUUGCUAUUAUUGUGAAUAAAAAAUCAACCAUUUUAACAGUAAA